CAUUCACGUGCCAGCGACUCCUAGAUAUGAAUUACAGCUCGGAAGAAAACGUAUCGCGAUCGCGUCGUCUCCAAUGUCAUCAUGUGCCCCUGCAGCAUGAAGGAAGUCGAAGUACUCUAUGUAUUUUAGUGUACCCUUACAUGGUUUAGGUUUUUUAUUUUUUCCAAGCAAUAUGAUGCUCUUCCUUCUUUAUCUUUUCUCCUCACGCUACUUACCAUGAAAUCGAAAACUGUACGAAAAAUCGAAUCGCACGUCCUGCUCGCAGAAGCCUCGUAAAAAGAACUUCAUGGCCCCCCUCCCCCCGUUUUUCGCUGCGAUUGGGAAAGUUCUGGGCCCUCUCUCCGCCCGCGUAGUUGCCCCGGCCGUCACGCGCCUGGGAUUGAACAAGCUCGGCGUCCUCGGCGCCGCUCGCGUGUCCGCCCGGCUCGCACCGUUUUUUCGCCGGAAUGCGCUGCUGCUGGCGGAGCAGGGCCGGGAGCGGCAGUUUCUGGACAAGUUUGCGGAGGGUGGCGAGUUGUGGGCGAGCUUGAAAAAGUACGAGAUUGCCCGGCUGAAAGCGCUCGCGGAUCAUCCUCAAGGCGCGGCCGGUCGUGCAGCAAAAGGUCGUCAUGGGAACAAGAUUUUCAGCACCGAUCGUAAAAAUGGAAGUGCUGAUGUCACACUCGAGGCGGAGAAGCGGGUCGCUGCUGCGUUUCGGGACGCCGGUACCCGGGCUGCGGUGGAGGAUUUCGGAAAGAGGAAAGGGCAGCCCUUGCAAGCACUCGCACGCUACAAUCAAUUUGUUGUGGAGAAGAUACUCCCGGCGGAAGCGGGACUACAAAACACUCAAAAUGCAGCCGGGGGAUUGAAGAUUGCGAAGAAGCGAACAAGUAGUAGAAUGGCGGAAGAGGAACUUCUCCUGUCAAAAAAGAGUUCUACCACAGAAACAUCGUUCUGGAAUAGACCGCUUUUCAACUACAUGAGCGAUAACCCCAUCCGGAAUUUUUUCAACCAGUCUCGCAACUUCUCCCCCGUUUACUCCGUCGCGAGACUACCCGCAGGACUACAAAAUAACCUACCCGGCGGAGGCGGCCAGCACAGCUUUGCUGGAGCGCAACAUCCUUACAGAACAAACCCAAACACGUUCUUUCAUCUUGCGCAGCAGCAACACCUGCACCAGACCGACCUUUUGGCCAAGGACGUCCACAAGUUGAAAACCGAGGCGCAGCUGUGGCAUCUGCUUUACCGGACAACGCUAUUGUUCCCGGCGGUCGCUGCGACGAUCGUGGUCUUAUCAUCUCUCGAGAAGUACGAACUGCAAAAGUUGGUAUUUAAUACCGUACUUGCGGCAUGACAGGUUUCAGCUCUAUACCUGACUUUACAUGACAAAAUUAGAUUCCAUUCAAUUUCAGGAUUUGUUUCCCCGCUGGAAAUAAUGUAAUGUUUGUCAUGCAAAAAUGCGUACUGAGCACAAUAGUUUUGCUUUUGCAGUGCAUAACCCGCAAGAAGAGAAGUUUGACGACCAGGAGAAGCGGUGGCGGUUUUGCUUGGUGUCACCGGGGCAGGAAAGGGAAGUCGGGAGAGAGGGGAGUGACCAAUUGAAGCAGCAGUAUCAGAAACUCAUCUACAACUCGUCCCAUCCGUUGCACAGAGAAAUCGUGCGGGUGACGAAUUCCCUCCUCCAACCGGACUGCUUGCCACAGGGGUUUCUCGACAAGCCCGCGGCGAAGGAGAUCGAUUGGCGCAUCGCCGUCGUGGACGAGCCAGACACGAUGAACGCCAUGGUGUUACCGGACGGGUAUGUGUUUGUCUACACGGGCUUGUUGGAAAAGUGCGUCUCGGAAGACGAAGUGGCCGCGGUUCUGGGGCACGAAAUCUCCCACGUUUUGCUCCGCCACGGCGCGGAGCAGCUCUCCAGCGGGAGUGUAUUAGCCAUCCCGGGAAACUUCUUGGAAAUGUUCGCGUUUUUAAUCGGCGGGUUCACCAGUGUAAUCGCGAGCGUGUACGCGUCGAAAGUUUUGGGUGGGUUGCUCCUAGAACUCCCGCAAUCCAGGUUCUGCGAACGGGAGGCGGACGAGUUAGGGUUGCGGAUCUCCACAUUAGCUGGGUACGACCCCUUAGCGGCGGCGCGGCUGUGGGCGCGGUUGGGGGAUGAGGCGACCAAUUCCGCCUUGCGAAAAUACGUGGUAGAGAAGAUUAAGGAGGAAGAAAACUACGGUUGUGGGGCGAGUUGUACUAGUUCGUCGGAAGGAGGUGUCAUGAAUGAUGUUGACAAGGAGGGAGCCACGGACAGCACAUUGUCGCAGGCAGCUUCAUCAUCCCGAAAUAACUCUAAAUCAUCUUCCUUAGCAGGGCUAGGAUCCGCCGUUUUUGGAGCUUUCGAUCCGUUCGCCAGUCCUCACGCCGGGGGUAUGGCGUUGCUGGGUGGAGCAGCUGCCAGUGGAGGCGCAGGUACACCUGCGGGAAGAGGAGGAACAUAUAGCGCUGGUUUUGAAACAGUCACUGUCAUUCGUCCUGGAGAUGAGAGCCUUAUCCCCGGCAACGAAGCGACAACGCCCUUCGUGGAAGAACCAAAUGUUGACUAUAACCGACUUCUUGACGACCUGGAGUUUUUCAGCAAUCGAGACCGCGCGAGGAGACGGAAAGUCGCGGUGCAAGACAGCCUGGCGACGCUGAGUCCGUAUUUUUCCGGCGCAUUUUUGGAGAGCGCAGGACUGCUUGGUCCAGCAGCGACCGUGCCGACGGAGGACGAUACUAGCGAAUGGUUUGAAAAAUACGCCCGGAAAGUAGGGAGGAAUUUCUUUUCGUGUUGCGAUGUUGGGGCGCCGGCGGCCCCCGAAAUUCCAUUUUCUGAGACAAAGACGAGCAUUCCACAACUCCCCUCCACGACCACAGUCCCUGAAGUUACGACACUAACCCCAAGCAAAGCGGCCCCCGCCGUUCCUCCCGAGUGGUUUUCCACGCACCCGAGUUACGAGAGCCGAGUGGCCUGUCUGCUGCAGCUUGGAUUAGACUUGCAGAAGCAUCCUUUCUACAGCACGCGGAGAAGACAUCACAGCUUUGCCAGCAACCCCAUGCUUUCGCUACGGCGGUUUCUGUCGCAAAUGGAAAGUGGAUUCUCACAUCCCGGCGGAGGCUCAUCGCGGAGAGCAGGGAACCAGACUGCCGACAACGCUUCCAGAACAGAGCUCGAGCGGUGGUGCGAGCACUUCCGCAGAAGGAGAAGAGACCAGGACCGGAAGCCAGGGCCUCUGUGGGUCUAUCGAACUUCUUGACGUUGACUUCUGACCGUGGGUGGUGCACCCAGUGAAGAUGGCACAAAUAUUUUUGAAGGAGACCUGAAUUUGGGUAAGCACUAGCGACAACGUUUCGACCACAUGUAAGAUUCCGUGCGAUCGGGCCCGCAACAGUUGUGCGGACUUUGUAAAAUCCAAAAGAACAAACGACUAUGAAAAUGAAAAACCACAAGUUUUUAUGUAUUCAUUACUGUUGAAUAUCGAUA